GCUGUCACCCUAGAACUGGCACGACAAUGAUGGCGGCCUUCAGUGUAGCUCGAAGCAGCAGCGGACUAAUAAACGGGUUGAGGACAUCUUUGAGGUGUUUUGUGCCCGUCAAACAUGGCGCAGUCGCUGCUGCGGUGCCGCAGAAGAAGCUGCUUCGGGACUGCCGCUGGUAUUCUGCGGGCCACCCGUCCGUGAAGGAGAGGAUAGACAAGAAACGGAGAGCGGCGCUAGUCGGGGGAGGUCAGCACAGGAUAGAUGCUCAACACAAAAGGGGUAAGCUGACAGCCAGGGAGCGAGUGGAGCUUCUGCUGGACCCCGAUUCCUUUGUGGAGACAGACAUGUUUGUGGAGCACCGCUGCUCCGACUUUGGCAUGGAACAGGACAGAAACAAGUUCCCCGGUGACAGCGUGGUGACAGGCAGCGGCAGGAUCAACGGCAGGCUGGUUUAUGUUUUCAGUCAGGACUUCACAGUGUUCGGUGGCAGUCUGUCUGGAGCUCAUGCUCAGAAGAUCUGUAAGAUUAUGGACCAGGCCAUGACAGUCGGAGCCCCCGUCAUCGGGUUGAACGACUCUGGAGGAGCUCGUAUCCAGGAAGGAGUGGAGUCUCUAGCUGGAUAUGCAGAUAUAUUCCUGAGGAACGUGAUGGCUUCAGGCGUCGUCCCUCAGAUCUCCAUGAUCAUGGGUCCCUGUGCUGGAGGCGCCGUCUACUCCCCCGCGCUGACAGAUUUCACCUUCAUGGUUAAAGACACAUCAUACCUCUUCAUCACAGGACCCGAUGUUGUGAAGUCGGUCACCAAUGAAGACGUGACUCAAGAACAGCUGGGCGGAGCUAAAACGCACACAACUGUUUCUGGAGUGGCUCACCACGCGUUUGAGAACGAUGUCGAUGCCUUACUAAACCUGCGAGAGUUCUUCAACUUCCUGCCUCUAAGCAAUCGAGAUCCUGCUCCCAUCAGGGAGUGCCAUGACCCCAGCGAUCGUUCAGUUCUGUCAUUGGAUACCAUUGUCCCGGAUGAAUCGACUAAAGCCUACGACAUGUUGGACAUCAUUCAAUCAAUUGUGGAUGAAAGGGAUUUCUUUGAGAUCAUGCCCAACUAUGCCAAAAACAUUGUGGUGGGAUUUGCGCGCAUGAACGGACGCACUAUAGGCAUUGUGGGUAACCAGCCCAAAGUGGCCUCUGGCUGUCUGGACAUCAACUCGUCAGUGAAGGGAGCCCGAUUUGUGCGUUUCUGCGACGCCUUUAAUAUUCCCAUCAUCACCUUUGUGGAUGUGCCAGGCUUCCUGCCAGGUACCACUCAGGAGUAUGGAGGCAUCAUCAGACACGGAGCCAAACUGCUUUAUGCUUUUGCUGAGGCCACAGUCCCGAAAAUAACCAUCAUCACCAGGAAGGCUUAUGGAGGAGCCUAUGACGUGAUGAGCUCCAAACACUUGCGAGGAGACGUGAACUACGCCUGGCCAACAGCUGAGGUGGCUGUCAUGGGUGCCAAGGGUGCCGUGCAGAUUAUCUUCAGAGGGAAAGAGAACCAGGCUGAAGCCGAGGCUGAAUAUGUGGAGAAGUUCGCCAACCCCUUCCCAGCUGCUGUCAGAGGUUUUGUGGAUGACAUCAUCGAGCCGUCGAGCACUCGCAAGAGGAUCUGCAGAGACCUGGAGGUGCUGGCCAGCAAGCAGCAGGUCAACCCCUGGAAGAAGCAUGCCAACAUUCCUCUGUGAAACUGUUUCCCCGUCAUCAACACCAUCUAAAGGCACUCGCUUUGGGAUGUUCCAUUCAAGUGAACUCAAAGUGGUAGCCCAAGAGAAAACGACUUGACAGAUGUUGUUGUCCUGUUUUACUGUCAUUUACCACUCCAGGAAAGUAAGCACAUGAAGAUACACUCUGGUUUUGUUAGCGCUCAGUUGCAGUCUUGAAUUCCUUUCCAGCUCCAUGUUAGUGUUUGGAACCAUAAACUGCAAUAAGAAAACAUUAAUUUCUAGACGUGAAAAGAUUCAAGACGGGGGGGGGGGGGGGGGGGAUAUUAGAGCUAAGUUAACAAAGUCAGCUGGUGUUUUUUGACAUCUUUAUCUCUGAUGAGCAAAAUGUUAAAAGGAACAUAUUUUACAGCCACUUCAUGCCUGAAUGCAUAACUGUGAUUGUCACACACACUACAUUUAGUAAAGCUUCUCCUGCUGUCAGCACUGGCCAUAUUGGUCAUGUAUGAUUUGACAUUUUAAGAACGUGACUGUACGCGAAAGACCAGAUGAGGUAAUGAAAAUAAACAAAGGCAAUACUGUAAGUAGUCUGCUUCAAAGUGAGCAUCGUACUUUAUUCAGUUCUUGGUUCCUUUUGCUGUGUACAAUAGUUAGUUUUUUUCAGAUGCACUCUUUGCGUUUGAUGUCAAGAAAAAAAAAAAUCAUCCUUACAACCUUGAACUGUGCCUUUCCUCUGUGGCAGACUCUGCUCUGCCAUUUGUAAAAUAAAUCAUGGACUUCAAUAACUUUCUUUUCUUUACUUUCACCAGGACAGCAGAUUCUUUCUUGACUCAUAUUACACCUCUUUUCUAAACAUGAGAAUUACACUGUGCGUGAUGUAGUCCCCUAAAAUAUUGGUUUGAAGAAUAAAGUUGGGAUUUAGUGUA